AUGAUUCAUAGUCCUUUUAUUAAAAUACCACUAACAAUAGAUGAAGAUGGUUCUUAUGUCAUAUUAGAUAAUAGUGAUGAGGUAGUAAAAAAAGAACAACUUGUAGCAAAAAGAGAAUCACAAAAUAGAGUUGUAAUUCAACAAAUGUUUCUAGUUGCAGUAUUAAAUAAUAUUGGAUUUGAUAUUGUAUUAAAUAAGCCACAUAAACGAAGUACUACAACAAUGCAAUAUUUUCCUAUUUCAAAAAUUAGUCGAGGACAACAAGUAAUUUGGGAUGUAGAACAAGAAGAUUUGAAAGAUAAGUCAUCUAAAGAAAAAAAAACAUAUUUAGAUACAAUGACAAAUAAUUUAAUGAUUUUGUUAUUAAAACAAAAUAAUAUAUUCUUAAAGGAGAGAAGUACAAGAAAAGGUACUAAAGAAGAUUAUAUUCAAAUGAAACGAAUUGAAUCAAUUGCAAUUGGAAAUGGUGUUAUUAACUUAAUUCAAAGUAAUGAAUUUGGAAAAAGAAUUUAUAGUAAAAUACAAAAUAGAAUGCAAAAAGAUGGGUUAACUCUUUAUCAUUUUGAUAAAGAAAUAACGAAUUUAUUAUAUUCUUCUAUAUGUUUGUUUUCUUCAAUUGAACCAUUAUUUAAGCAAUUUAUUUAUUCGUCUUACAAAUAUGAAAAUUCUAAUUCUUCUUGUAUUUAUAAGAAUUUAAUUUAA